CCCUCUUCAACACCCAUUACUAUAAAGAAACCCACACUUUCCGUCUCAAAUAGCCACACCCCUCCACUUCUCUCUCUGCUUUCUUCUAGUUUUUCUUUCUUAAGCUGUGAUUUCUAUCUUAUGUACUUCUGUUGGAGUAUAAGAAUUAAGUCUCUACAUGAGUCUUAAAACUUUGAGCUAGACUUACUUGUGGCUCCAUUUCUUUGGAUUGAGCUGAAUUUUGGUGGUAAAAAGCAUAAAGAUCCCAUUUUUACACAAGAUGGAGAGGCUCAAUUUUGUCAAGAAUGGUGUGCUUAGACUGCCCCCUGGAUUCAGGUUCCACCCAACUGACGAGGAGCUUGUUGUUCAGUACUUGAAGAGAAAGGUGUUUUCUUGCCCUUUGCCUGCUUCUAUAAUCCCUGAAGUUGAUGUCUGCAAGUCUGAUCCUUGGGAUUUGCCAGGUGAUUUGGAGCAAGAAAGGUACUUCUUUAGCACCAGGGAAGCCAAGUACCCAAAUGGGAAUCGAUCCAACAGAGCCACAAGUUCUGGGUACUGGAAGGCAACUGGUAUAGACAAGGAAAUUGUAACUUCUAAGGGUAAUCAGCUUGUGGGGAUGAAAAAAACUUUAGUUUUUUACAGAGGAAAACCCCCUCAUGGUACUAGGACUGAUUGGAUCAUGCAUGAAUAUCGUCUUGUUAGCCCUCAAACCGCUGCCUGCAAUUCCCCACAAAAGAAAAACCCAAUCCAGAGCCCUCUGGGGGCAAUGGAUAACUGGGUUCUUUGCCGUAUAUUUUUGAAGAAGAGAAGCAACAAAAAUGAGGAGGACAACCUUCACAUCGGCAAUGAAAACAGAGUGUGCAAGCUGAGGAACACAAAGCCUGUUUUCUAUGAGUUCCUGACAAAAGACAGGACUGAUUUGAAUCUUGCACCUUGCUCAUCAUCCUCAGGGUCAAGUGGAAUCACAGAAGUAUCAUCAAAUGAAUCAGAUGAUCAUGAAGAAAGUAGUAGUUGCAAUAGUUUUCCUUAUUUCAGAAGAAAACCAUAACUUUUAGUUUUUAAUCUUUAGUCCCCCUCUUCAAGUUCCUGUAUCAGUAAUUUGGCUUCUGGUUUUGAAAUCAGAAUAACCCAUCUAAGUAAUCUAAUGCUUUGCCAUUAGGUUUCGUGUCUCUUCUCUGUCAUUAUGGCUGAACAAAAAGAGAUAUAUCAAAUGAAAGUGAAAAAAGAAAAGCACAAAAAAAACGGCUUUAACUGUUAUCAGUAAUCUGGAGAGGCAUAGAUGUCCAAUGAUGGUUAUCUUGUAAUGAAUCCAAGAAUUUCAUAGUUAGUGAUAUUACUCUCUUUUGGCA